CUUUGCCCACUGCUCAGGGGUCCAGUUCUCGUGCUCUUCGGCCCAGGCCUUCCGGAAUUGUCGAUUUUUCUCUGUAAUAGGUGGCUUCUUACGGGCAACUCGCCGGCGGAAGCCUAGUCGAUAGAGUGUAUGCUUGAUUACCCAUAUACCGAAAGUCGCGGUGAAGAGGAUUGUCGAAAGCUCAAGAAAGCUCAUUCGACGAGUCUUUUUACUGGAAGAAAUAUAUUGAACAAGUUCUUCUUCUUGCUCCGGAGUCAUGGUUCUUGGCCGGCCAGUACUACGCCCAGCGGUGGCAUUAGGAGCGCGUAUCGAAUUGCGGAUCUGGGCCUUCGUGAAGCCAGUAAUGCGAUGGAUUUCGACUUGGUUUAGACGGGCAUCAAAAUAUAACGUUCGGACUCGUUGGCGCUCUUCGGUGCUGAGCUGUUUCAUACCGCUAGAGCCCUGUGGCCGGGCCAUUGCUGUGUAUGUUACUGUACCGUGUAGGCUACUGAAAUAUUUGGAUUCUUUGGAAAAGG